CUGACAUUUUUUCUUUUUCCUAGGUCCAAAUAACUACGACGGAAAGUUGUAUGACGAUUCGUUCUCCAAACCAACCCACCCUUUUACCGCUACCAACAACAAUGCUGCCAAGCUGAACACCGCGUUUUACCACAGAUGGUCAAAGGUCUCACAGACCGGAACCGGAAGUCUUAAAGCUCGCCACAGAGGAUUCUCUGACAACACAGUUUUCAUGGCACAAACAUCACAGCCGUCGGUAGCAGGGAUGAAGGUUGAGGAUUGCAACUUUGUUGGAGGGAAAAAAGUAUGUAAAAGUUAUGAACAGCGCUGGUCAUACGCCAUUCCGCUUUUCGUGACCUACCUUAACCCACUGGCUAAUUGGAAUCCAUAUGGACUGACCAUGCACAUGAAGAGUUAUGAUGACAAAACAGUAUACGACAAAGGGCGAACAGGCAGGUUUACAAACUCCACAGCCUACAACGGGAUCAGCGAAUACGUUUACUACAGUACGCCUAGUGAAUUUUUCGGAAGCUCUAAGUAUGGCGACGCAAAACCAAAGGGCGUCCUCGAUCCGAAGGGAGUUAUCCGCAGCGUGAGUAAAGGCGGAAUAAGAAUGAAGUUGCCAAACAUUCCCGGGGUAGGCACUCUCCGUCAAACCUAUCCCAUUUUUCCCAUCCAUGGAGAGGGCAGCACUGCAUGGAAGGAAUACGAGGCUCUGGCUGACCUCGUUUUGAAGAGGAAAACACAUGCGAAUAUGUUAAUUGAACCAAUAUCGUAUUAAUUCUACAUACACAAUAUUGUGCCAAUUUAACUAAAAGCUCUGAUUUGUAAUUUGUGCAAUAUUUCUGGGUAAAAAUAAAAUCGACAGCAUGCAAGAUUUUGUUAAUUUUCU